AUGAUAUCCAAUCCUGCAUGGAAAACGAGGCCUAGGUUCAUAUUUUACCCAUGCGUGCCCCCGGCACCGUAUCUUGUCAUUGUUGAAUGGUCUUUUUCUUCUUCUGACUUAACAGAGUUUCUAAGCGGCUGUGAUAUGGCAUCAUUCCGAGCAUUCUUGAACAGUCCAGUUGGUCCAAAAACAACUCACUUUUGGGGACCUAUUGCAAACUGGGGAUUCGUUGCCGCGGGAUUGGCGGAUAUGAACAAACCUCCAGAAAUGAUUUCUGGCAACAUGACAGCAGCAAUGUGCGUUUAUUCUGCGUUGUUUAUGAGAUUCGCAUGGAUGGUACAGCCUCGCAAUUAUCUACUUUUGGCAUGCCAUGUCUCAAAUGAGACUGUCCAACUCUAUCAACUCUCUCGCUGGGCAAGGGGUCAGGGGUACUUUCCCCAGAAGAAGGAUGAACCUGCGUCCGAGUAG